GGCUGAGGACUGAGGGAUAAACCGGACUCACACUGGCAGGCAGCCACAGGGCAUUCAUUUAAUCAGCAGACACUGUGAUGCCUUUCUAGUACGUUCAGCACCCAAACUGUGUGAGCUUUUCCUCAUUGAAUGCAACUAGCAAACUUACCCACUGACUUUUACCCUCUCGGCCCAUCUACUGUAAAUUAGCUGUCUAGUCAACCAGCGAACUGCAAGUGUAGCAGAGGAAGGAGAGAUGGCCAAAGGAAAAGGGAAGAUGACAUCCAGCAGCGAAAGCUCAGCCUCACCUCAGCCCAAGUCGCUCAGGCCCAGGAAGAGAGACUGCCCAGGUGAUGACAGGGCUGCCCUGUUAGAUAAUACUGAUCAGCCCAUACUUCCUCCGCAGGACUCUGAGGGAAAUGUAACAAAAGUGGAUGCUGCACCACCACAGCGUCCACCAUCCCCUCUGCUGAAAAACACCACGAGUUCAGCUCAGCAGGGGCAGGCCACAUACCAUACCAUCGAAAAAGUUGCCACAGAGGAGAAUUCUUCAUCAGUGAUAUUUGAAGAGGGUGAAAAGGGUAAAACAGCUGAAGAGGCAGGGCAAGAGGAGACUAUGUUGAUCAAUCCCUACAGUGAUUUAAGAGUAGACUCUACAAGUGAGAAUAACCCGGGUGGAAAGAAAGAGGAGGAGGUGGUGAAGCAGGAACCUAACAGUUCACCAUCUCACACGUCUUCAGAUCAGCCCCGGCCCUCGACGCCGGCCUCCCGUGUAGCUGUCUUUAAAGAGCAGCGGUGUGGAGGGGAGAGCUCGGAGCAUAACAUGGAGGGAGUCCAAGAUGCCCAGCAAGAACCCACCGGUGUGUACAUGAGUCAUGAUAAUGGCAAGGAGCCAGCGACGUGGUGUCCUGCCAAAAAGAAGAGAAGGAUGGGUAUGUGCGGUCUGACAGAGAAGGAGAGAAGUCAUUUUUUACAGACACAAAAACGUGAAAAUGGGCAAAAUGGAACAGUGGGAAAUGAGAGGCACAAGUCCGACAAAGUGGGUGAAGAAGAGAUGACAUGUUCAGCCUCACUAUCAUCACCUCCCUCCAUCGCAGCUGUCAGUGUCACAGAGCAGAUCGAGACAGACCUGAAACUUCAGUCAGGAUACUGUGAAGUUGAAGACAGGGCAGAAACAGAUGUCCACAUUGCCAUGACUACCUCCGAUGGGACCAGAAAUGGUGGAGAUCCAGCUGGCAGCUCAGAGGGACACACCUGCCAGGCUGACCCCAGCAAUGUGCCUCAUCCAGCACAAGUCAGUGACUCAGAGCUGGACCCCCCUGCAGAGGACGGCGAGCAUUUAGGCGUCAGUCAUGCUCUGGUUGGAGAGGAGCAACAGGAGCAGGGUGGAAGCACGGUUGAGACCGCUGUUAAAAAAGAUGAGACACAAACGAAAGAUGGAGACGAUGGAUCUGGAAUGUUAGACCGUGAUCCUGGCUCCACUUUUCCCACCAACACAUCUCAGAAUGAAGGGAGUGAGAGGGAGCAGCGGGACGGGAGCCAGGCCUCCGCUGGGCAGAUGGACAGUGUGGUCAGGAGGACGAAUGGGAGAGUGGAAGGGACAGGAGGCGAGGCCUGGGAUGGUGAUGGAGACGAGGCAAUGGCUUCAACCAGGGCCACCAAACCAGGAGUGCUCAGCUGUGGCUCUGUGGAUGUCUGCAGUGCUACAGUGUCACCUAGUGGCUCAGCAGGGGAAGGCAACUGUGGUCCUAAAGAUACACAUGGCACUGGCCCAGCUCCUGGGAACACGGAGCGCCCACAGACCAGGCUCACCCCUGACCCAUUUGGAUCUGGUUCCCUGGAUUAUGUGUCUGACUCUCAGUUGAACAGCAUUGUUCUGAUUGAUGAUAUGAUGGAGCACGAUUGGGAUCUUAGUUCUUCAGACUGUUGUGAAGAUGCUACAGAUCUGGUCUGUGGGCUGAUCCGGGAACUCUCCUCCCUAAAUCGGACAGUGAUGGCCACCCACCGGGAGCUGGAGAACUUGCGCCGCGGCAACAAGGUUUCAAGGACCUCCACACUUUGAGGACUUGGUCCGGCUCUUCAGUUUUCUGAAAGUGUUCCUAUUGCUCAAGAGUUCAUGUGUAAGUCUUAUGUCAUGAUGUUAUUUUUCAUAUAUAUGUGUGUGUGUGUGUUUGUGUGUUUACACGUGUUCUGUUCAAAGUUCAAAGUUCCAAACACAUGAGAAUUUUCAGUCUCCAUGAUGGAAAGGUUAAUGAUUUGCCAUUUGGUUUCGCCCUAAAUAAACAGGGUAUUGUUUA